AGGAAAGGAGAUUUUGUCCUACCCUCAGGACCCUGGCCAUGGCUGGCUGAAGUGGUACAGGGCUGGGACACCUGGUUUUCUAUGCGCCGCCUACAGCUAGAUGCUGCACUGGAUACUGUGCUAGGUAGUCAUGCCAUGACCACACUGUGGGCCAGUGCAGGAAGGCCAAGGCCAGACCCAGAUGUCCUGCAGGGCUCUUUGAAGCGACUCCUGACAGAUGUCCUGUCACGGCCUUUGACCCUGGGCUUCGGGCUUCGGGCCUUGGGGGUAAAUGUGAAGAAGACUGGAGGGAGCACAGUGCAUGUCGUUGGUGCUUCCCACGUGGAGACCUUUCUCACUCGCCCCGGGGACUAUGAUGAGCUUGGUUACAUGUUUCCUGGACACCUUGGCCUCCAUAUAAUCAUGGUGGGUGUAGACGUUGCUACUGGCUUUUCACAGAGCACCUCAACUUCACCUGUGGAAGCUGGCACAGUUCAGCUUAGUGGCCAUAGGGGCCUCUACCAUAACUUCUGGGAGGAGCAGGUAGAGACCGGGCAGACAGCCCAUCCAGAUUUGGUGGUGGCUUUCCAUCCAGGUUUCCACGCUUCCCCAGACUUGAUGGAGGCUUGGCUGCCCACCCUUCUGCUACUUCGCGAUUAUGAAAUCCCUGCAUUGAUUACUGUUUACAGCCACCAGGAGUUGGCAGCCUCUCUGCAGAUUCUGGUGGACCUGGACGCACACAUCAUUGCCUAUGGAGCCAACCCUUUCGCGUCCCUCAAACCUGAGCAGGUCUAUUCCAACCCCAACAAGCAGCCAGUUUACUGCAGUGCCUACUAUAUCACAUUUCUUGGAAGCUCCUGCCAGCUGGAUAAGAGGCAGUUGGAAGAGAAAGUAGAUGGUGGGGAUUGAAUAGCUGAGCCAGAUUCUCACUGGAUACCUAGAAAAGGGGGGGUUGGUAAAAUUACCCUGCUGAUGCCAGUUUAUUGGCAACUUUGAAACCUCAUUGUCCAGGUAAAGCUUCUAAGCAGCAUGGGAACUCCUAUAUGAUGUGACUCGUUUCUGAGAGGUUAGCCACAAGUAGCUUCUAGAGUCAGGAUUCUAGAUUUGGUGUGUGGCAAGGGGCCUUGGUGUCAGUCUUUCCAGAGCCGAGAGGCCUAACAGUUUCCUUUGUGCAAAAGUUAUCCCUUUUGACUUGAACCAGAUGGCAUCAAGGAGAAGCAUGGCACCUUAUUUUGAAAGACUUCUUAUCCAGUAAUUUGGUCUAAAAAAAUGGAGAGGUGUUACUGACUUGAGGUGGUGCAAGAAUGGGCAAGUCAGAGAAGUGGUUGGGAACCUGGGGAGGUGGUGAGGAUUGGCACAGUGUUCUAUUUCUUGGCAUUUUCAAGAUAAGUAUCUCAUGUUUGUAUUUUCUGUUGGGGACUUUUAACCCUAGAGCAAGCAGCUUUUUGCCCUGGCAUUAUAUUUUAGAUAUUCCAGUUAUAUCAGACUUUACUUAAAUAUACUUGAGUUAUUUGUUAUCAUCUGGCCUAUACCAUAAUAAACUCAG